AUGUCGCUGCGUGUGGCCGUAUUCGACCUAGACGGGGUGCUGGCGCUGCCCGGGGUGGCCGGCGCCCUCGGCCGCACCGAGGAGACCCUGGCGCUGCCCAGAGGCUUUCUGAAUGAAGCUUUCCAGAAAGGAGGCCCCAAUGGUCCCAGUGCCCGCCUCAUGAGAGGAGAGAUCACAUUUUCCCAGUGGGUGCCGCUCAUGGAAGAAAACUGCAAGGAACACUCCAAGGACUCUGGAAUUCACCUCCCUGAGAAUUUCUCUGUCAAUCAAAUCUUUGGCAAGGCAACGUUAGCAAGAAAGAUCAACCACCCCAUGCUCCGAGCAGCUCUUGCUCUUAGAAAGAAGGGAUUUACAACCUGUAUCCUCACCAACAACUGGCUGGACGACCGAGCUGAGAGACACAGCCUGGCCCACCUGAUGUGCGAGCUGAGGCCGAAGUUUGAUUUCCUAAUAGAGUCCUGUCGGAUCAGAAUGGCCAAGCCUGACCCUCAGAUCUACAAGUUUGUCCUGGACACCCUGAAGGCCAGCCCCAACGAGGUUGUAUUCUUAGAUGACAUCGGGGCUAAUCUGAAGCCAGCCCGGGACAUGGGAAUGGUCACCAUCCUCGUCCGUGACACUGACACGGCCCUGAGAGAACUGGAGAGAGUGACUGGGACGCAGCUGCUCAGCACUGAGGUCCCUCUGCCCAUCCCCUGCAAUCCAAGUGACAUGAGCCACGGCUACGUGACAAUAAAGCCUGGAGUCCAUCUGCAUUUCGUGGAGCUGGGCUCUGGCCCUGCUGUGUGCCUCUGCCAUGGAUUUCCUGAGAGCUGGUUCUCUUGGAGGUACCAGAUCCCUGCUCUGGCCCAGGCAGGUUACCGGGUUCUAGCUGUGGACAUGAAAGGCUAUGGAGAGUCAUCUGCCCCUCCUGAAAUAGAAGAAUAUUGCAUGGAAGUGUUAUGUAAGGAGAUGGUAACCUUUCUGGAUAAGUUGGGCCUGGCGCAGGCUGUGUUCAUCGGCCACGACUGGGGAGGCAUGCUGGUGUGGAACAUGGCUCUCUUCUACCCCGAGAGAGUGAGGGCAGUGGCCAGUUUGAAUACUCCCUUCUUACCGGCCAAUCCCAAUGCGUCCCCCAUGGACUUUAUCAAAGCCAACCCAGUUUUCGAUUACCAGCUCUACUUCCAAGAACCAGGAGUGGCUGAAGCUGAACUGGAACAGAACCUGCAUCGGACUUUCAAAACCUUCUUUAGAGCGACUGACGAGAAUAUCUUAUCUGUGCAAAGAGUCUGUGAAAGGGGAGGACUCUUUGUGGGGAUGUCGGAAGAGCCCAGCUCCAGCAGGAUCACCACUGAGGAGGAUGUCCAGGUCUACGUGGAGCAGUUCAAGAAGUCCGGUUUCAGAGGUCCCCUAAACUGGUAUCGAAACAUAGAGAGGAACUGGCAGUGGGGCUGCACCGGCCUGGGACGCAAGAUCCUGAUCCCAGCCUUGAUGGUGACAGCAGAGAAGGACUUUGUGCUCCGUCCUCAGAUGACCAAGCACAUGGAGGACUGGAUCCCCCACCUAAAAAGGGGACACAUCAAGGACUGUGGGCACUGGACACAGAUGGAGAAGCCGGCUGAAUUGAAUCAGAUCCUCAUUGACUGGCUGGAGACGGAUGCUCGGAACCCACCAGUGGUCUCGAAGAUUUAGCGAUGGCAUGUGCCCUCCCCAGAACUAUCAGUAUCCUGUGGGGGACAGACUGGGGCAGCCGGCUGGUGAUUUGUCCUUGAGUGAAAAUCCAUAGUUUUGCAGCAAAAUCAGCAGUUGAUGUGGCAGCAUCUCAGUCGAGAUGAAGACGCUUUAUUCAAUAAAGCUAAGACAAUGGU